UCGGUGGAAGCCGCGUUGGAAAGCUGACGCUGGCAUUCUCCGAUACGUAUUAGAUCGACGGCGUCGGCGACGGCGACGACCACGUGCUCUGCUUCCUCCUCCCGCCCGACGCUCCAAAUCCCGGCCUUUCCGUCUUCGAAUCGUCGCCUAUAGUUGCGCACGCCCAGGGAGCAACUCGAACCGGCGUUUGAUUAGGCUUCUCUUUGCGCCCUUGGAACGAUUCCUUCGUGGCCCAGGAAUCCUUUCUCAUGUUGCUUGUUUUCUGGAUAACAAUAUUGAAAGAGCAAAAUUGGAUGGUGAAUUAUGAUAGCAAUUCUCUCCUGAAUACAUUCUUGAUUUGGAUGCUAAAGACUGAUAGAAGUUCACUCAAACCCCCUUUUCGUGCAGAUUACUACUCUUCUUACUGCUCCUAUACAAUACAGACAAUGCAUAGAUGGAAAGAAAUGGAAACUCGGUUAGCAUUACCAGCAGGGAAGGUAACUAUAGAACAACUCUGUAAGUCUGGAAAUUCUGGCGUUAUGCCAUCAUCUCUACCCCAGUUACCAAUCACAGUGGAAGAAAGGUUCCUUGAAUUACCAGAUUCCCAUCAGAUUCCAGUGGAUGAAAUGGGGAAUCCCUUGGUUUCUCCUUACAGUUCUUAUGUUGCCAACACUGGAAAUGUUCAAACCUUGCAUUCAUCACCUUCAGGAUCUUCUUCAGUUCAUCAAUAUCCUCCAAGACUUCCCCAUGAGAGGCAUACAAAUGCAAAUAAUACUGCUAUUAAUGCUGGAAACUCUUUGUCAACCUACUCCUCACACAAAGGAGCUUUUCAAGCAUCAACUAAUAACUUCUCCAAAGAUCCAGUUGAAGUGACCUGGAGUCUAGAUUCAGUUCAGGGAAUUCUUAACUCAGAUGAUGACAUUACUGGGAGUAAUCCUAUCCAAAGCAGCUCAGUUAUGAUAACUCAUGAUCUUAGUAAUCAAAAAGAAUGGUGGAACAAUAUUGAGAAUGAAGACUGGAAGGAGCUUCUUAGUGACAUGACUGCUGUAGAAUCUCAACCAAAGGUUGUUUACCCGGCUGCACAAACCUCCCAGAAUAUAUCUGUUCUCCAUUCACAAACUUAUCAGUCUGUUCCAUGUCAUUCUGGAGAUCUUACAGUUGUCACUAGUCCAUUGUCUACUACUACUGCUGCUGCGGUCAAGCCACGUAUGAGGUGGACUCCAGAACUGCACGAAUGCUUUGUAAAUGCUGUCAAUCAACUUGGUGGUGGUGAAAAAGCUACUCCUAAAGGGGUACUGAAACUCAUGAAAGUGGAAGGUUUGACAAUAUACCAUGUGAAGAGUCAUUUACAGAAAUACAGAACAGCUCACUAUAGCUCAGAUUCAUCAGAAGGGACAUCAGAAAAGAAGGCAACUCAGAGUGAGGAAUUCCCUGCUCUUGAUCUCAAGAAAGGUUUUGAUCUAACAGAGGCAUUGCGGCUUCAGAUGGAAGUUCAAAAACGGCUUCAUGAACAACUUGAGAUUCAGAGAAAUCUCCAACUCAGAAUUGAGGAGCAAGGGAAGUACUUGCAGAUAAUGUUUGAGAAGCAAUGCAAGUCAACCAUGGACAAACUCCAUGUUCCUUCCACUGCAGAAGAACCAUUAAGUGCAUCUUCUGAUCUGCCGACUCACAUGACUAUCAGAACCGAUAGCUCCAUUGAUCCAAAGAAAGCAGAAGAAAGUUUCAAGCAAGUAGUUACCAAAAGGAAGAUGCCCGAAGUUGAUCCUUCGAGCCCAAGGGACACGGACGCUAUCAUCAGUACUACUUCUUCGUCUGCCAAAUGCUCAAGGGCCGAGGAUGAUGAGCUAUGAAUUCUGAUAUGUUGCGGCAUAUAAAAGAUCUUCAGCAAGGUUAUAUAUGAUGAAGAGCCACCAAGUUAUAAUUUUUUGAUGAUUAUGGCUAGCUUUUGAGUGAGGGUGUAGAUUUUUCAGCCUCACCUUGAGAUGGUGGCAGGUUUUAGAAAAACCAUUUCAUUAAGUAUUAAGUUAUACAAGAAUCCAGUGUCUCUUUGUGAAGACUGAAAAUUUUAGAGUAAUUAUCGCAUAUC